AUGGCAAGAUUUCUUUUGUCGGUGACAAGAUUUUACACUUCGACUAGCAGCCUCCAUGUCAAGCCAUGUAGUAUGCUUCGAACUGUUUCUAGCUCCAACUCUAUAUUAAAUAAGAAUCCUGGCCUUUUCUUGAGUAGACAGAGCUUGGGAUAUCGGUAUCUCAGCAGCUAUUCAGGAAUGGACAAGGAUAACGGCAAUAAAAGGAAUUUCGUUGUCUACAACAGUUUUCCUGGAGCUCCAUUGCCCUCACAGCCUCCUUCAAAUUCCUUGAGAAAGUGGAUUCUGGGAAUUGCACUAACAAUAAUUUUACCCUUUGUGACCAACAAAUGGGGACCAUUGUUGAAACUCAAAAAUGAAGUUGAUACGGCCGUGGAGACUAUAGAACAGAUAACAGAAGUUGUAGAAAAGACGGCCGAGGUGGUGGAUAAAGUGGCGGAGAACAUUGCCGAUCACCUUCCGGAAGGAGGAAAAUUUAGGAACACGGUUGAUUUUAUUGAAAAUGUGGCUGAAACAGCGGCUAAGGAUGCACGUUUAGUUGGAGACAUUAUUGAUAAGGUACAGGGAGUUGAAGAAGAUGUGGAGUCCAUUGUUGUAUCUCUCAGUGGUGAAGCCAACGAGCCUUCCAGAGAAAUUAAGGAUGAAAAAUGA